AUGGUGUGGUCCAGUCCCACUCUCCCCCCACCCCCCACCGUCUCUGCAGCGCUUUGCUCUGGUCACAAGGUGCCUGUUGGGGGUUCUAGAAGGAACUUGGAAUGUUUGAUGUUGUCUUCUGAGGCUCAGCCUGACUCUGGCAACCGCCAGAGCAGUCUUGGCACCACGGCGGAGCCUAAAGCGGUUCCUCCGCCGUACCUUGGGCUGAUCUUGAAAGAAAUCUUCAAGAUAGUGAAAGCGAGACCUGAAGAGCCCAGGUCAGGCCCACAUCCCUUCAGUUGUCUAUGGGGACUCUUGGUAUGUGCAGCUGUUGUGGGACUUUUGUCCAUUCCGUUACUUUUGUGGGUAAGCUUUCAAUCAGUCAGAGGUUGGAUUUAUCUGAAAGGAGACAAAAAACCGGCCCUAAAAUGUUGGAGACUUACUGAAGAAAAAUGUCAACUACCUGGCAAAGAUAGCCGUGUUCAAGAAGAACAUGAAGGCUUAGAGUUAUCCUUCAAGGAUGCCAGUUUUGACAAAGACUCAACAGAGGUACAGAGUUUGGCAGCAACCUGUGAAUUGCUGACUAGAUCCAAAUCUAAAGUUGAGGAGGAAAUACUCUUUCUAGAAAAGACUCUAGAAGAAGAGAAAUGUAAACAUUCUGAACAAGAUACCUUGCUGACAGAGCUUUUGAAAAGAGAACAGGGUCUAGAAGACGUUUCAAAAUUCCUCAACUCCCAAGUAGUUGAGGCCCAAACCACCUUCCACAUGCUUCAAAUCAACCGUACACAACUUAAGGACUCGGUCACAGAUACUUUGAACAAAAAUUCCCAACUUGAGGAAAGUCUGAAACAGCUUGCACAAGAAGUUGAAGUAUGGAAACAACAAGUAAGUGAACUUACUAAAGAGAAAAUAGCAGCUGAAAAUUCCAAAGGCCAUGCAGAGCAAGUUCUAAUGGAUAAAGAAAAUGCUAUCCGCUCCCUUACUGAAAGCUUGCAAAAAAUGAAAGAUUGGGAUGUUCUACUAGAGGAGGAUAGGUCGAAUGAUGGGGACUUGACAUUGAAAACUGAAGCAGAAAGUGAUGCUUGCUUAGAUCAGCACAAAGGACCUUUGAAGAAACUGGUAUAUGCUGUUAAUUUAAGUGCUUCCUUACAAGCCUUAGAAAGGGAAAGAGAGCAAAUUUAUACCCAGUUGUCUAAAGGACAUAAAACAAACGCAAACCUGACUGAGCAUAUUAAGUAUCUCCAGAUUGAAAAGUUAUCUUUCCAGUCCCUAAUUGAACAUUUUGAAAGGGAGAAUCCAAAGCUUCGGCAGAGAUUUAAAACACUGGCUGAAAAGUAUCAAGAGAGAGGAACAAGCCUUUACAGGAGAUUAAUAGUUAAGGAAAAUGAUCGGCUACAGGUAGAGGAGAAACUGUCCAAAGUGGAAAAAAGGAUAAGGUAUAUAUCUGAAGACCGGAGCACCUAUAUAAAGCUAGCUGGAGAGCUUGAACUAAAAAUUAAGAAAACCAUUCAUUAUUACCAAAGGCAGGUUAUUUCCUUUGAGAAAAAAGUUUGUGCCACGUUCUUGGCAGCUGAAACUGCUGAAAAAAAUCUCAGAUAUUUUAGAAAAGUAAAUGCACAUGGGCACAAUAAUAUCACCUACCUCCAAAACAUGCCUUUGAAGGCCAAUGAAUUUAUGAGAGUACAAGAUUAUCAUGGACAUAAGAUUUGUGACCCCUAUGCUUGGCUUGAAGACCCAGACAGUGAACAGACAAAGGCUUUUGUGGAGGCCCAGAACAAGAUUACCGUUCCAUUUCUGGAGCAGUGCCCGAUCCGAGGUUUAUACAAAGAGAGAAUGACUGAACUGUAUGACUAUCCCAAAUACAGCUGUCACUUCAAGAAAGGCAAACGGUACUUUUAUUUCUACAACACAGGUUUGCAGAACCAACGAGUAUUAUACGUGCAAGAUUCCCUAGAGGGAGAGGCCAGAGUGUUCCUCGACCCCAACAUCCUGUCUGAUGAUGGCACAGUGGCACUCCGAGGUUAUGCGUUUAGUGAAGACGGUGAAUAUUUUGCCUAUGGUCUGAGUGCCAGUGGCUCAGACUGGGUGACAAUCAAAUUCAUGAAAGUUGAUGGUGCCAAAGAGCUUCCUGAUGUGCUGGAAAGAGUCAAGUUCACCUGCAUGGCCUGGACCCAUGAUGGGAAAGGGAUGUUCUACAACUCCUACCCCCAACAAGAUGGAAAGAGUGAUGGCACAGAGACAUCCACCAAUCUCCACCAAAAGCUCUGCUACCAUGUCUUGGGGACUGACCAAUCAGAAGAUAUCUUGUGUGCGGAAUUUCCCGAUGAGCCUAAGUGGAUGGGGGGAGCUGAGUUGUCUGAUGAUGGUCGCUAUGUUUUGUUAUCCAUCUGGGAGGGAUGUGACCCGGUAAACCGACUCUGGUACUGUGACCUGCAGCAGGAGCCCAACGGCAUCACCGGAAUCCUGAAGUGGGUAAAACUGAUCGACAACUUUGAAGGAGAAUAUGACUAUGUAACCAAUGAGGGAACGGUGUUCACGUUCAAGACAAAUCGCCAUUCUCCCAACUAUCGCUUGAUUAACAUUGACUUCAUGGAUCCUGAUGAGUCCAAAUGGAAAGUGCUGGUUCCUGAGCACGAGAAGGAUGUCUUAGAGUGGGUAGCUUGCGUCAGGUCCAACUUCCUGGUCUUAUGCUACCUCCACGACGUGAAGAACAUCCUACAGCUUCAUGACCUGACCACAGGUGCUCAACUUAAGACCUUUCCCCUAGAGGUCGGCAGUGUUGUGGGGUACAGCGGGCGCAAGAAGGACAGCGAGAUCUUCUAUCAGUUCACUUCCUUUUUAUCUCCAGGUAUCAUUUAUCACUGUGACCUCACCAAAGAGGAACUGGAGCCACGAGUUUUCCGCGAGGUGACUGUGAAGGGAAUAGAUGCUUCGGAUUACCAGACGAUCCAGAUUUUCUAUCCUAGCAAGGAUGGUACCAAAAUUCCAAUGUUUAUUGUGCAUAAAAAAGGCAUAAAAUUGGAUGGCUCUCAUCCUGCUUUCUUAUAUGGCUAUGGCGGCUUCAACAUAUCUAUCACACCUAACUACAGUGUGUCCAGGCUCAUUUUUGUGAGACACAUGGGUGGCGUCCUGGCAGUGGCUAACAUCCGAGGCGGCGGUGAAUAUGGAGAGACGUGGCAUAAAGGUGGAAUCUUGGCCAACAAACAGAACUGCUUUGAUGAUUUUCAGUGUGCUGCUGAAUAUCUGAUCAAGGAAGGCUACACCUCUCCCAAGAGGCUGACGAUUAAUGGAGGUUCAAAUGGAGGCCUCUUAGUGGCUACUUGUGCAAAUCAGCGUCCUGACCUCUUUGGUUGUGUGAUUGCCCAAGUUGGUGUCAUGGACAUGCUGAAGUUCCAUAAAUUCACCAUCGGUCAUGCCUGGACCACGGAUUAUGGGUGCUCAGACAGCAAACAACACUUUGAAUGGCUUGUCAAGUAUUCCCCAUUGCACAAUGUGAAGUUGCCCGAGGCAGAUGACGUCCAGUACCCAUCCAUGCUGCUCCUUACCGCUGACCACGAUGACCGUGUAGUUCCGCUCCACUCCCUGAAGUUCAUCGCCACCCUCCAGUACGUCGUAGGACGCAGCCGGAAGCAAAGCAACCCUCUGCUCAUCCACGUGGACACCAAGGCUGGCCACGGGGCUGGGAAGCCCACCGCCAAAGUGAUAGAGGAAGUCUCCGAUAUGUUUGCAUUCAUAGCACGGUGCCUGAACAUCGACUGGAUUCAGUAAAUGGAAUUUUCCGCCCCCUCUUGACAGCCACAGAAAACCUCAAGGGCUUUCACCAUUCUGACCAGGAAUCCAUGGAAAGAAUGCUUCCCAGCCUGGUACUGUUCCUCCACUGCGGACUACAGCCGAACAGAACUGCCGGGGGAAUUUUAUCUUUUUUAGCUUUCUCCUUUUUAGCAAGCCCUUGGCAUUUCUUUUUCCACCCUAUCCAGGCACAUAUUUUUAAAAUGGGGGGACAAAAAGCAUGUUUGGAUAAAAAGGUAAAUGACAAUGAACAUGUGGUGAAUACUAGAUUACUGAAUUCAGGGUCUUAGUUGGGCAUACUCAUCAUAUAUAGCAACGCAGUGAAAUUUGCGUCUAUAACCAUUACCUAUCCUUAAUAAAUUGAGAAUUCUUCUCAUGAGAAAGACUUCAUUGCAAUACUAAUAAAUGCUAUUUAAGACUGAAAAAAUGGAAGGCAUUAUUUUU